UCAAUGUCGUACAUGUCAACAGUGCUUGCAUUGAAUGAGUUCUUCCCAGAGAACUUCAUUUUUGUAAAUAGCUUCUCGCUAUACGGCUACACUGCUGGGUCAAUCAUAUUGCCAAUUAUAACGGAACGAUCCCUGGAAGCGUAUGGGUAUUCUGGCGCUUUUGUCAUCCUCGGAGCUCUUAAUCUUAAUCUCGUUGCCUGCGGUGCAACAUUACGAAAAGCCCCCCGAGAAAACACUACUUCCAUUACGAACGAAGGGGGAAAUGAAACUGGCAUGACGGAAAGGCAGAAUCGUACCGAUAAUGGAAUGAUAUCCCCAAAUCAAUAUAGCGCAUUUCUAGACGGAGGGACGGACGACCAACCUUCCGAAGACGAAGGCGAUAAGACACGAUUGAUUAAAACCAAGAUGUGGAACAAUCGGAAUCAGGACAAACUACCAGAAACAGAAUCAACCGGGAUACGUCGUUUGUUUCAGUCCUGUAAGCAGUCGUUCGGGAUCUGUAACGAAUCCAUAUAUCUCAUCUCCUCACCACUCCACUUCCUCCUCUAUUACCUGAGCUUCGCUUGGAUGCUCUUUCUUGUUCCUCACGCUGAACAACUCGGCAUCCCACCCUCCAAGGCAGUCUUUCUCUCCACAAUAGGUGGUAUAGGAGGAAUCAUCGGUCGGACCCUCUUGAUAGUUAUCAUCCACAAAGAACUCCAAGUGUACACAUUUUACAUUGCAACGGGUGUGGUCUGCACGGCAUCCUUCCUGCUGGACUUCAUCGGUUCGUCUUAUGGAGUACGAGCCGUGUUGGCCUUCGUCCAGGGAUACAGUUUCUUCAUAGAGGAUUGCAUUCCAGGAAAUCUGUACAAAGAUGCCAUCUUUAACGAUGCGAAUUUUGGCGCUUCCGUUGCUCUCGGUUCGUUCAUGGGAGGACUCGGGGCGACAGUUUCAGGAACCUUCUCAGGUUAUCUAUAUGAUGUCACGCAGUCAUUCACGAAAGUUUUCAUCAUCACCGGCUGUUUUCACGCCUGCGCUGUCUUCAAUCUCGCCUUCGUAGCCAUCUUGAUCAAACGACGAAACGACAGAACCACAUUAACUUGAUUCGAUUAAAAAAAAUGUGACUCAUAAAGGACUUGUACAGUAUAAAUCGUUCCAGUAGGCGAUAUGUUAACAACAAAUGACUCGUCACACCCGAAAACAGAGACAAUUUAUUUCUUGAUAA